AUGCGUGUGUCUAUUAGGUUGACCAUCUUUAUGAUAGCGGAUGUUAUGAAAACAAAAAUCUUGACAUUGAUGAAAGAGGGCGUGUUGAUGAAUUUCUACAAAAGAAGCAUAGCAGCUAUGCUCAAGCUCGAGGGCUUACUUCAGGAAAAUGGCGAACCAGCUGCCCUUUUACACCAAGUUCAAGACGCGUCCCGAUUCAUUCGAUACCAUAGGCUAGCGAUUGAAAGUUGCCCCCUUCAAGUAUACAGUUCACCUCUGAUAUUUAGCCCCAUGCCGAGCCUCACGAGAAGGUGUUAUCAAAGGGAGAGACCAGAUUGGGUUUUGAAUGAGCUAUUAGUGGACAAAGAUUGGAGUCCAUGUCUUCAACCCUCGAGGGGCAUAGCGAUUCGGUCAUGUCGAUUGCCUGGUCGCAAGAUGGAAGCCGACUCGCAUCAGCGUCAAGAGAUAACACCGCCAGGAUCUGGGAUCCGGCCACGGGCCAGUGCGCGUCAAUUAUCGAGG